GUAAUAUGCUAUAAAAUCAGUCGCUCUCUUCUCCUAAAACACGAAACUCUGAAUCUAGGAGAAUACUUUAUAUGCAAGUUCUGCUCCGAAACUAGGAGAACAAUAAGGCAUAUAUGACUUCACCAGUGCAUUAAAAUUAGGUAGCUAUAUGAGGGAUGUAGUUUGAAAACCUUAAAUGCUACAAUGUGAUGCAAGGGUUAAAAUUUUCAUGUGUUAUCUGUUAUAAGUAUUUAAGAAAUACACAUAAAGGUUUGCUUUUAAUUAUGGUGAAUGACAAGAAAUAGACAGAUCUAGACUUCUAGUCUGCACAGAAUCUGGGCUCAGAGCUUAAACCAGAAUAAACUGUCUUUGGAUUCUUUAGUCGUAUAGAUACAAAAAAUUAAGUGUUAUACCAAACGAUGAUGAAAGAGAGCCGCGUAAACAUGUUAUUUACCACUCUGUUCUCAUGAUUGCUCUAAGCUUCCAGCUCAAGGCAGCAUUUUGAAUCAUCAUGUUUAUGGGUCCUAAUCUUUAUUAUAGAAGAUCAUUAACCUCCCCACAUAUGCAGAAAGAGGCAUGAUAAAGUAUAGUAUUGCUUAUACAUACUUUGAACUAUUAUUGAUGUUGGUACUUUAUUAAGGGUUGUGCGCAUAAUUAUAGUGACAGGUAUCAGGUAACAUCACUCUGUUACAUAGCUGCAUACAGAUUUUUUUUAAAGGCAGGUCUCAUAUUAUAUACCUUGUGCUUUUAUCGUUUUUGAGCAAAUACAUGGCAAACUUUACAAAUUUAUCUGAAAGAGAAGAUUAAUCUAAAAAGUCACUCACUCUUCUCAAUAUAUUGUUGGGGAAAAAAUCAAACUCUCAUCCACAUGAAGAAUAAUUAUUGAAGUACCCAUAAAAAAAAGCGAGGACAUGCAUGUUAAGUAAACAAUUCAUCUAAAACUUUACAGUGUUAUACGAAGACCGUAUAUAUUAUUCAACAAUGCAUGUAUUAUAUUUCAAGUGCGGGUAAUUGACAAACUUGUGAAAUUCUCAUUCUUCUGUGCUUCCUCCUCAACUCAUAGAGUGUGAAAAAUAGCAUUUCAGAUCUAUUUGCAACUCUUCAUUUUUAGGAAUUUUGUUAGCUAGAAAUUGCAGGUUUACAUUUUUGCUGUAGGGGGAGGUAGACCCAUAUUUGAGGAUAACUUUCUGCUUGCCAAUAAUUGAAAAGAAACUAAUAAGAAAUUCACAGUUAAACUCUUCACAUGGCUUCAUCACAAUGGAAGUGAAACUGAUCUUAUUGUUAUCUUUUAACAAAUAAAAGAAAUAAACCUUACUCUAGUCCACAUUCCCCACCAUGAAAUUUCUGACCAGUGACAUGCUGAUAAUAACAUGCAUCCUUUUCAUAGAAGUUUCUAUCAAACAUCUUCUUUUUCUCCUCAACUUCAGUAGUUGUGAAUAUAAAUAGGUGUAUAUAUAAGUCACUCCUCGCCAGAGGAUUCCUCGAUGAGAAAGGGUAAGUUUCUUUAAACCGAGCAUACUGAUUUAGAUUUCUAUCUUCAUUAAUGUUUUCUUCUGUACGCAAUCAUUAUGGAAACUGACAUUCUCCUAAAUCUGUGCUAAAUUUGAGAAUGACAUUUAGCUGUAAUAGUUGCAAGUGGCUAUCAAAGAGGACCGCAGACACUCAUUGUAAUGUUGCUUAGUGUUAUAUAUUUAUUGAAAUUUAGCUUUUGCGAUUGCUCUGUCAUACUUAUUCCAGGUUAAACACCAUCAUUUUCUUACAGCUAAUACCAGUGUUUUGUUUACAUGAUCAUUACUUGAAAUCUUUUCUAAAUUUCAGGGUUGGGAGCCUUUUUAUUUAAGAUUUGGUAUAUUUUGCUGCAGUUUUUGUUUCAAAGAAGUGAGAGAUAAUCACUGGUGCUUGAUAGGUGACAUUACAUAAACUGAAGUCAUUGAUGGGAAAGAAAAUGAGUUGGUUCAGUGUCCUAAAGAGACUUUUCAAUCCUGGUGAAAAGUUAAAAGACAUUAAGAAAACAAAGAGUUCGGGAUGGAUUUUUAGGAGCUUAAAGUUGAAGCAAUGCCCUUCAAUCGAAGUGCCACAGAUAACAUUAAGUGAAGCAUCUGAAGAGCAGAGAAAGCAUGCCGUGGCUGUUGCAAUUGCAACGGCUGCUGCAGCUGAAGCUGCAGUAACUGCUGCAAACGCUGCAGCAGAAGUUGUCAGGCUGACAAGAGUCCAUACUGUUAUUGGGAAGAAUAAACAGCAUUUGGCUGCAAUCAAAAUUCAAACAUCUUUUCGGGCAUAUCUAGGAAGGAAGGCAUUGAUGGCUCUGAAGGGAGUAGUACGGCUACAAGCUGUCAUACGUGGGCAGAACACUAGACGACUAAUCCUCACUCGUUUGAAGUCUCUGCAGCCUAUUGCGAAACCUCAAGUUCAUCGAAUUAUAAUUCCUCAAGUUGAUAAAGAUUAUAUUACAAUUUCUAAUCCCCAAAAGAUUUUGCUGAACAAGGAUAAGAAGACUGGCUGCACAAUUGGUAAGAACUGGGAGGACAGCAUGAUGUCAAAAGAAGACAUGGAAAUUUCAUGGUUGCAAAAGAUAGAUGCUAUUGCAAGAAGAGACCGAAUGAAGAAAUAUUCAUUUUCCCAUAGAGAGAGAAGGACUAAUUUAACUCUGGAUAACUCAACAGACCAAGAUUUAAAGAGGAGGCCUUGGUUUGAGGAAUGCCAAAUAGACAAGUCAAAAUCAGCAAUUUAUUCAGAUUUAAUUGAUAUUGCUACAUACGGAACUAGACAACAUAAAAUGAGGUACGGUGGCCUUAAGGAUGAAGCACCGGAGGUUUUAAACUCGUCCCUAGCACUCCCAAGAAGAUCAUUCUGUGAUGCUAAUAUAAAGAAGUACUCAAAUACAGAUGACAGUUCUUUGCCAAGCUCUCCUAAAUUUCCAUCUUACAUGGGUGCCACUAAAUCAGCCAAGGAAAAAGUAAGAUCAGCAAGCACCCCCAGACACAGGUUAGGACAUGAUGAGCCUUUUGUUGUUCAGAAUUCAGUAUGUUAUAGUUCUAAGCUCUCUUCUUGGUCUUCUGUUGAUGGGGAAAUUGUCGGCAUCACUAGAAAGAGUAGUACUUGACAUCACUUCUUCCUGAUCAACUGUAAUUAUAUCAUGUGGUUUCCAUGUUGAGUUAGUGAUGUGAUUUCUGUGCUGUUAGAAUUCAAUCUAAAGGGCGCUUCUUAAAGUCGCAAUGUGAAGUGUACCAAUGUUGUGAAAAGUUCCAUUUACUAGUAAAAGACAGGCCUUUUUGAGACAAAUGACAUUUUAACAG